AUGCACAUCCAGAGCUUUCCAAGGCGUGAAUCGCAUUAUAGUAGAAACAAAUCCCGUCGAUUCUAUUUAUCUACAGAUCUAAAUGUAAAGAAGAUGCAUCAACUCUAUUUGGAUCUUUACGAACCAGCAAGUGUUAGCAAUCCUAAAUAUAAACCCAAAGUUCCGUAUGACUUCUACUAUCGACACUUCAAAGAAAAUUUAAACUACAGGUUUGGCUCACUUCGAUCAGAUACGUGCAAAAAAUGUGAUGUCUUAGAUAACAAACUCAAAGAUGUGACCCUCGACGAAAAUGAACGAAAAGUUUUGGCAGCGGAAAAGAAGUUGCAUACAAUUUAA